AUGCCUCCCCGACCAAGACUCAUCAGAAGGAACAACGACACUCCGCCACCACCACCACCUCCUCAGUUCGACCCCGUCAUGUUUCAGGUAGCAGUUAUCGCCACCGUGACUGCAUCAAUGGCACAAGUGAACGCUGGAGGAGCUGGAGGUGGAACCGACCCACAAAGACAAGACGGAAGUCAAGGAAAACAAAAGGAAUGUUCCUACAAGGACUUCAUGACCACGAAACCCAAGUCCUUCAACGGAAAUGGAGGAGUCAUCGCUCUGACUCGAUGGCUCGAGAAGAUAGAAUGCAUCUACGAAAUUUGUGCGUGUUCCAAAGCCACCAAGGAGAAGUUCGCCGCCUGUACCUUCAUUGAUAGAGCUUUGACCUGGUGGAAUGGUCAAGUCAAAACCCUAACCCUGCCAGUAGCUAAUGCCAGGGGUUGGGAAAGACUAAAGGAACUCAUGCCGGCUGAAUACUGCCGGAGGGGCGUGGUGCAAAAGUUGGAGCACGAACUUUGGAACUUGAAGAUGAAGGGUUCUGACAUUGCUGCUUACACCGCGAACGAAGUGGUAACUGUUUUUGAGGCACAGAAGGAAAGUGGUGGGAAGAAGAAGAAAGCGUGGAACAAACGCAAGGGUCAGUCUUCGCAGGAGCCCUCCAAGAAACAACAAACAGUGGUAGUUCAUGUUGUUCCAACCACCCAAACUCCUACCAUUGUUUAUGCUAGGAAAUUACCUUUGUGCAACAAGUGUGACUUCCAUCAUCACGGACCCUGCCGUGAGUUGAGUUGCAACAGCUGUGGGAAGAAGGGUCACACAGCUCGAUACUGCAAGGUGGCAGCCCAACCCACCAACCAGACUGCGGGAGCAGGUGCUGGUUAA